AUGGCUCCAAAGAUUCAACAAACUAAAGCUGCUAAAGCUGCUGCCGCUUUAGCUGGUGGUAAGAAAGGUAAAAAGAAGUGGAAUAAGGGUAAGGUUAAGGAUAAGGCUCAACACGUCGUUAUCUUAGACCAAGACAAAUACGACAGAAUUAUUAAGGAUGUUCCAACUUACAAAUACGUUUCUGUCUCUGUUUUAGUUGAUAGAUUAAAGAUUGGUGGUUCUGUUGCUAGAGUUGCUUUAAGACAAUUAGAAAGAGAUGGUAUCAUCACUCCAGUCGUCAAACACUCUAAACAAGCUAUCUACACUCGUGCUGAAUAA